GUCGGCAUCCUACUAGUCAAAUUCUUAUUGGUCAGUGACGUUUCUUAGCUACCUCUUGAAUACCCAAAAAACCUCAACUUCCCUAGACCUCCGAAAGAACGAAUAUCGUUAGAUCGGUUCCGACUCAACUCCCGAUCCAAAUCUGAAAUGGAUAUCUCACAACAUGACCCGAACUCUAAACCGAAUCGUUCCGGCGGACCCGACGUCGAACUCUAUACCAUUCCAAGCAACUCCAGUUGGUUUAGGUGGGAUGACAUUCACGAAACAGAGCGUAUCGCUCUAAAAGAGUUCUUUGAUGGGAGCUCAAUUUCAAGAACUCCUAAAAUAUACAAAGAAUACCGGGACUUCAUGAUAAAUAAGUACAGAGAAGAGCCUUACAGAAGGUUGACAUUCACUCAAGUUAGAAAGUCACUUGUGGGUGACGUUAGUUUGCUCCAUAAAGUCUUCAAUUGUUUGGAUAAGUGGGGUUUGAUAAACUUUGGUGCACCUGCGAGUGACAAUAGAGAUAACUUGGAGGACAUUAAACUUCAGGAUCAAGUUAGGGUUGAGGAAGGAGCCCCGAAUGGGGUUCGUGUGGGUGCAAUGCCAAAUUCUUUGAGACCACUGUCGCCUCCGCAGUCUGCAGGGGAAGGUAGAGUGCUGGAUGGUGAAAACGGGUUUAAAUUGCCCCUUCUGGCGUCGUAUUCAGAUGUUUUUGGUGAUUUGGUGAAGCUGAAGGGUUUGAAGUGUAUGAGCUGCGGAGAGAAAUGUGAUUCCGGAUGCUAUGAGUAUUGCAAGCAGGGUCGCUUCAUCAUUUGUGUAAAAUGUUUCAAAAAUGGAAAUUAUGGGGAGAACAAGUCCAUGGAUGAUUUUAAGUUUAAUGAUGGCAAUGGAAAAAAUGUUACUCAUGGAUCUACCUGGACUGAGGCUGAAAUCCUACUUCUUUUAGAAUCUGUUAUGAAGCAUGGGGAUGACUGGGAGCUUGUUGCUCAAAAUGUUAAAACUAAGAGUAAACUCGAUUGUAUUUCAAAGCUCAUUGAGCUGCCUUUUGGGGAGUUUAUAAUGGGUCCUGGCCGUGGAAGGGGUGGUCCUGAUGGCUCCACUGGUAGCUCGAAUAUUGCUACACAUGGACUGAUGCCUUCAUCUGAGCAUCACGACACUAAAGUUGAGGAUCAGGUUCAUGAGCAGAUGGAUGAGACUGAGCAAAAUGGAGAUGCUGCAAGCCAGGAACCUCCUGCAAAGAGAAUACGAAUUGCUUCCCUUUCGGAUGCUGGUGGUUCAUUGAUAAAACAGGUUGCUCUCAUCUCAACCAUGGGGGGCCCACAUAUAACUGCUGCUGCAGCCGAGGCUGCAAUCACGGCACUUUGUGAUGAAAGCUCAUGUCCAAGGGAGAUAUUUGAUGACAAUGAGGAGGCAUAUCAGGUCGGUGCUUUAGAGACAAAGGAAACAUCCUCCCAGUCAGGAAGUCAAGAGACAUGCACAGAAAAUAACGACAUACCUCUGACUUUACGUAUUAGAGCAGCGACAGCAACUGCUCUUGGGGUAGCUGCUUCUAAUGCCAAAUUAUUAGCUGAUCAGGAAGACAGGGAAAUUGAACAUUUAGUGGCCACCAUGAUUGAGACACAGUUAAAGAAAUUGCACUGCAAAAUCAAGCAUUUUGAAGAUCUGGAGCUGAUAAUGGAGAAGGAAUAUGCUGAAAUGUUGGAACUGAAAGAAUGUCUUGUAGCAGAGCGGAUUGACGUCUUGCAAAGGGCUUUGAGUGCUGGUGUAUCUAAAUGGAGAGAUCAUACUUAUAUUAAAUCGCAAACUGAAGCAAUUACUGUCUCUCUCUCUGGUUCUCUGUUAUGGGGUGCUGAUGCAAUUGGGUUGGAAUUAGGGUCAUGGAACAUUUUGCACCAUUAGUUUCGUGAAUUUUGU